AUGUCUCCCCAGGAGUCGCCUUCAGCCCUCUUGAGGAAUUUGAAAAUAUUCUGGGGAUAUGAGUCGUUUCGCCACCCUCAACUCGAAAUCUGCUCGGAUGCCCUCAGAGGGUGCGAUCUCAUUGUAGUUGCUCCUACCGGAUUGGGCAAAUCUCUAUGUUUCCAGCUGCCUGCGAUAACGAUCGACCACGGCGUGACCAUCGUGGUCUCCCCUCUUAAAGCCCUGAUGGCUGAUCAAGUCGAAGACCUCACUCAAAGAGGCAUCAAAGCCGUGCAACUCAGCGAGUACACCACUUGGGAACAACACAACGAAGUUCGUAAGCAGAUGAAGAUGGGCCACCCAGAGAUACGAUUGCUAUAUGUGACGCCAGAGAUGUUGCUGAGCGACAAGCACAAGUCGACGUUUGAUAUCGCCUAUCGUCAAAGACAAAUAGCGAGGCUGGUGGUUGACGAGGCGCAUGUCAUUACGGAAUGGGGCAAAAGCUUUCGAAGCAAAUACCGAGAACUCGGCCAAUUCCGUCAAAAGUACCCAGGAAUCCCUAUCACUGCUCUCACUGCUUCUGCUACGCUUGAAGUCAGGAAGGAUAUCAUCCAAACUCUGCGCAUAGGCAAAGGUCAUGGACAGUGGGUCUUGCCAUUCAACAGGCGGAAUCUGUUUUACGAGGUGCGGUAUCAAGGCAGAGGAUACUACGACGAUGAAGACAGAGAGCCCCAAAAGAGUACGACUGACGACAUGGCCGAGUUUCUGCUCAAGUACCGCCCCCAAGCAAUGAAAAGAAACGAAGCGAAGGGGAUUAAUCGGCCUUGCGUCACCGGUAUCGUCUACUGUCGCACGACUGCUGCCUGCGAAGAAGUUGCAGAUAAUCUGCGGCAGAGAGGGUUCACCGCGAGGCCGUACUAUAAGAAUCUGUCUCAAAAUGUCAAAGACCAGGCGUUGGCAGGCUGGAAGGAUGGCUCGAUCGAGUGCAUUGUCGCCACAAUUGCUUUUGGUAUGGGCAUUGAUCAGGCUAAUGUUAGAUAUGUUAUCCACUACCAGAUGCCGAAAACCUUUGAAGGCUACUACCAAGAGACCGGUCGAGCAGGACGCGACGGGCACAUCUCGCACUGCCUCAUGUACUACUCGCGAGAAGACGCAAAAUAUCUACGCGGCCUGGUGGAACAAGAAGAUGCAAAGAAUAAGAGAAACGCCAAGUUCAAGGACGGCAACAUCGAUACCUCAAAAACACCUUCACAAGGACUGUUCAGUUUCAAAUCACUCCAAAAUCACGUCGAGAAAGCCGGACAAUGCCGACAUAUUGGGAUCUGCUCCUACUUUGGCGAAAAGAUUGACCACACUAACGCCGAGGUAAAAGCUGCCUACUGUGAAAACAUGUGUGAUGUCUGCAAAAACAGCGCUGCUGUUCGCAAGGCUUCGAUGCGGCUUACCGAGGGCGUUCCGGUUGCCUCGCCUCAGAGGAUCGACGAAGUCGCUGUCGUCACGCAAUCGGUCGACAAGCCUUUCAAUGGCUACAGUAGUGCAAUUGAAGACGACAGAACCGUUCCCGAGAAUGAUCUUCGAGAUCUUCACGGCACCCAUCCAUCCAUCUUUGACUUUAACGAUGAGGAUGACGAUGAGCUCGAGGCUCUUGGGCCUUCCGCUCCAAGUAGGCCCCACGCCCUACAGUUUCGCACUCAAGCGGUAUUGAACAGCGGACGCUCAGCUCCUUUGAGUGGAUCCGAUUCGACAGAAAAGCCCCUUGUUCCCGGUUCAAGCAACCCGCUAGCAUCCUCGCGCUCAACCAACUCUUCCGUACAUCACAAUCAAUCAUCCCACACGCCUGUGCUCGAGCGCGAUCUUUCGGGUGAAGAACGUCACCAUCAGCCUAUCCGGAUCCGAGAGAUUAUCCACAUAGCCAGCGGCGGCUCGCCUACUCCUCCACCAUCAGCUAGCUUGCCUAAACGCCGAAAGGUAGGCUUGAGCCGGCAGGCAUCUGGUCUAUCCAACUCUCUCACGUCUAGUGUGGAACUGGAGAACCUCGAAAAGGGAAGAGAGGUAGAAAUGCAGAAAAUUAGAUCAAGAAAAGAAAGAGAAAGAGAGGUUGCUCUGUCAAGAAUACAACAAAGGCCAGAGAUGAUGUCGCCUCAUGUGAGGUAUCUGGAGGACUCGGAGGAGGGUACCGAUUCGCGCUUGAAAUUGACGAGAGAUCAGCGAAUAAAGGCGGAAAAGAUGCUGGGCAGUGUCAAGCCUGUGAGGGAUGCCGUGGGCCCCUAUGCUUGCUAUAAUGCUGCAGCAGGCCCCUCAGUGCCGAGACGGAGAGUAUCAGCUCCCGACAAAGCUUUCAAACCGCCUAUUCUCAGGUCUCCCAACAAAGUCAGAUCUGAACUCCUUACUAAAUCGGCAAGAGACAAGUCAGUGACAAACAUUGGAUCUGCUCUUCAGGAUUCUUUAGGUCAUGGGGAGUUGGCGUGGAAGUUGCUGAUAUUCUGCGGAAAGAAUGAGAGGGGGACCAAAAGGGCAAACAUGUUGAUCGACAUUGCCAGGUUGAUUGAAAGGGAUCUGGCUGACGCUUGCAGAGAAGAUCCUGGUGCAUAUAAUAACCAAGUGACGGAAUUUCGUAAAGCUGUCAAGGCGCUGCGGAGCGAGGAGGUUGUUGAGGCCAUCAUAGACGGAGAGAUAGACGCGUUUGAGGAUGGCGGGCCCGGGGUUGGUUAUCUUAAAGCUCUAAUCCGGCUGGUGAAGGGAUAUACAUCUGAUCGGUGA